CUAACAAGUGCCAUUAUAUUCAAUUUAUCGCUUAAAAUACAAUACCUUUUUCAGGACGGUUCCUGCUAAGAUCUUGGGUGUAGAGAAGAAAGGUGGUGCAGUCUUUUAUACGAUUGAAUAUGACAACAAAGAGAUAGGCAAAAUCAACAAAUAUGACCUGAAACGAAGAUACCAAAUUACUGAGGAUGAUAUUCGCUCACUAAUCUCACUCAUGGCUUCUCAUGAUCAGGGAAAGCCGUGGCAGGUUGCUGAAACAUUCAAGAAGGAAUAUGGUAUCAAAGACAAGCUGGCACCUAUAUUUUGUUCAACGUCUCAUGCUAAGCCAUCAAAUAUAAUAGUGAACACCACUGGAAGGGAAGCGGCAAAUAAUGACAAUGAAAAGGACUCUGAGUCAGAUUCCGAUGCUCCUCUUGUAGUGUUUGUGGGGAGAAGGAGCAGCGUUGCCUUGCCACCUAAUGCCUCGUCAAAAGAUAUUGAAAAGCAGAGAAAGAAGGAGGAGAAAAAGAAGCAGAAGGAGAAGAAAGAGAAAGAAAAGAUUGAUAAGAAAGAGGAGAAAGAGAAGAAGAAGCAGACCAAAAAGUCUGAGAUGAAUGAAGCGAAAGAGAAUGGAGGUCUAGAUAAGUUUGUAACUUCAAAAACACCUGCGAAAGGUGUCGAUAAAUCAAACGCGAAUGCCAGCAGUCCUUUUCUUACACCACAGAAAUGGAGCGAAAAACGCUUUAACUCUGCUGUGGACAGAUUACGAGAAGCCUGGCGUAAAAGAGAUGAAGAAGAGUUCUUUACCGCUGCGUCACGUGCUGCAAAAUUGCUCUCCGGUGUGCAGAUCGAGAAAAUCCCUCACGAAUGUCACCGCUAUGCCGUACGCCAUGCUUAUGAAAAGAUAAAAGAUGCUGAGAUGUUGUAA